UCAAAGAUUUGGCAAAACUAUGGCAACCAGUAAUCCUAAAGAGGAGGAAGAGUUUGAUGUCAGUCCACGUUUUGAGCAAAUAGUUCUGGCGCCUCACAAGCUUAGGUACAUGAAUCCAGCUUUUAAAAAAGUAAAUGCAAAAAUGUAUGACUACAAGUGUGAUAUAAAGCUAAGAGUUGGUGAUGCCAACUUUAAAGCUCACAAAGAGGUCCUGUCCCAGGCUAGUGAUUAUUUUUCUGCCAUGUUCAGCCAUGACAUGUUAGAGAAGGAACAAGAUGUCAUUGAACUUCUAGAAAUGUCUCCAAAUGGAUUUGCCCUAAUUUUAGAUUAUUUUUAUCAUGGUCAUGUGACAAUUGAUCCUGAGACCAUUGAAGAUGUCCUGGAAGCUGCCAGAUUUUUUCAGGCUGACUGGGUUGUUGAAGUGUGUUGCAACUAUUUGAUCCAUCAACUCAGCAUUGACAACUACCAGACAGUCCUGCAGCUGGCAGAUAAAUACAUUCUAGGAGACUUGAGGGGAGACAUUUUCCACUUUCUGGGUCUCAAUGUCAUGAAGCUAGCCGAGGAAGAAGAUUUCUAUCUCAAUUUUGAUUUUGAACUUUUGACCAAGUUUUUGAAGGAGGACCUCUACAUUGAUACUGAAGAAGAGUUUGUACUGGAGCUCAUUACAAAAUGGGUUGGUGCAAAGAAAGAAGAAAGGAAAGAAUACUUACUUCCCUUGCUUCGACUGGUUAGGUUCCCUUUAAUGGACAUUGACUCCUUGCUGGGCAUCAACCACGAUUUGUUGCAGUGGCCAGAAAUACAGGAUGCUGUAGAAGAGGCUAAACAUUUCCACAAUAACAUUCCAGCUCAAACUUUAUUUCAAGGUGAGAGAUUUAAAUGCCGAGGAUCCCAUCCCAGUGUUGUCAUGUUUACUUACCUACCUGAGUUGUGUUCAGUCACCUACCUGGAGAUCAACUCAGGUAUCAAGUGUAAUGAAGAGCUAGCCAGCUUAGGCACAGAGACGGGAUUUGAUUCUUCAAGUAUUGCCAAAGUAGGAAAUUAUUUGUACAGAACUGGAGGGUAUGACGCAGAUGUGUGCAGCAGUUCCGCUAUGUACAGGUACAGUCCCAGGUACAGGAACUGGAUUGAACUUGCCAGCAUGAACCAGCCGAGGGUCUCUCAUGCUAUGUGUGUCUCCGAGGACAAAAUUUUUGUGAUUGGCGGUAUUGAUCAUACUGUCGGGGAACUAGGAGAUGAAGAUAUGAUUUUGGCAUCAGUAGAAAUGUAUGAUAUACAAGAAAACCAGUGGUCAAAUUUACCCGACCUUCCGACCGGCUCAUACAAUCAGGCUGCUGCGUUUGAUGGCAACUGUAUAUACCUAAGUGGAGGAAUCAGCGCGGACCCAUUUGACAGUGUCCCUAUGCAGUCUUUGUGGCAGUUCAGCAUGGAGACUAAGAGUUGGAGCACACUUAAUGAAAUGAUGUACAGUCGACAGGGUCACUCUAUGACACCGUACAAUGGCAAACUGUAUGUCUUUGGCGGGUAUGCUCCAGCCAUAGGUAUGCCUGGCCACAUUUUUAGGGACUGUUUCAAUUCUGAGGUUUAUGAUAUAGAGACAAACCAAUGGACGGAAAUCCGAUCAAUCCCAGAGACAUUUGGUCAUGUGAUGAGGAGUGUUGGCUUGUGGGACGGAAUGUUUUUUUUGUUCGGUAAUGGUUGUCUCCACACUUACAAUGCUGAAGAGGAUAAAAUGCAAUAUGGAGAUCACUUUGGUCACUCUGUACAAAAAAUAGCCAUUUUAGAUGUAGCAUACCCUAUGUAACAAAUGCUAUGCACUUUAAACUUUAGAAAUUUUUUUAGACAAUGUCAUAUAGUUAAACUAUAUACUUUCAAAACUCUUACAGAAAAAACUUCCAAAAACCAUGCAUUUUUUAAAUAAUUAAUUUUUGUGUAAUUAAUACAAGUUUGGACAAAAAGAUCCAAUGAAAUAUAAAAUUAAAAGAGCUCUUUUUGUUUUCUCAAAUAUCUCGCUGUUACUUAAUUGGCUUUUUUUUCCUAAAGCUUAUUACUUCUUCUGGAGCUUUUAUUGUAGGCUUACUUCUAGAAAAAAGAGUAAAACAUUUUAGAGCUGAUUAUGCACUUUUUAAACUUAACACUAAUUUUUUAUGCUUUAUUUUACAUUGUAGUAGCAGAGAUUGUAUUUGAUGUUAACAUAUACUGGUGCUUAAACUUUGUAUUGUAUCCAAUAAAGUAGAGCCAUUGUCUUUCUUGCAUUUUAGAAAUGUUGGAGUUUCCUGCAGGGAGGAAUAAGUUGUUAAAAGCUAAAAAUAACCAUUACUGACCAAGUCAUGUAAAUUAUUUUCUCCUUUAGUACAAUAUAUACACGUGUACAAAUAUAAACCUCUUUAAUUUCUUAAAACAUUAAAAUUCUAGCAUUCCUUUUUUAACGAAACAUUCUCUUUCUAUCUGUGAUACUGGUAACUAAAACUUAUAUAACAUUCUUUCUUAACUGUUGAAUCAAACUUUCAAAGCCUACUUAUUUGACCAGUUUAACUAUUAAAUUCUAUCAAAUUAUAUAUAUAUAUAUA